AUGAAUGCAAAAAAGUUGAUUGAACACACUUGCAAUAUUCUUGUACAACACGAGCUGGCUCAUCUUGGUAUCCAUGCUAAAGAUGUCAAAGACGAGCUAUUCAAGAUUGGCGAUAAAGCCAAACGUGACUUGACUCAGCCUAUUGUAGUUUUAGAGGAAGAUAUACUUGCACAAUACCUAACAGAAAACAAGGUGAGUUUGAUCAAUGAAAAGACAUUUUUAACUGAGACGUUUUUGGGAUGCGUUAAACAUAGAAAAAUAUUAGAGUCGACAUUGAAACUAUUUUAUCAAAGAACUGGAGGAAAAUAUCUGCAGAACGAGUAUUAUUUAUUUGCAGUGAUUUGCUAUCUGGCACUUUGGAGACUUGACGAGUUGGGAUUUCAAAGAUUUAGCAAAUUUGUGAAAUGUUUUGAUCCAGCCAAAAUGUCUCGUCUUGUCGGAUUUAUAUUCAGUCCUGACAAUCUAAAUACCGAUUUAAAAUACAUAUGGGGCCAAGUUCUUGAUCAUCAAUUUUUAAAGGAACAUGUUAUUGAUUCAAUUUUGCGGCAUGUGAGUGUUGCUCAGAAUCUACUUGAAGAAUUGUGUGAUCGUGCAGACUAUGGAAUGACUGCAAAAAAGUCUGAAAAAAAGCCAACCGCAAUUCAAGCAUUUGAGUUGACUAAACCAAGACCAAGAAAAUUGCCUCUGCCUACUGAAAAAAUAUCAACUAUAGUCAAGGCUAUUUCAAUUCCAAAGACACACUAUGAAGAUUCGGUUGAAAUGACAAAAUUAGCUCAGCUCAAGGAAUUCAAUCGCCGUAAACUCAAAGAGCAGCAUGAAAACGCCCAAAAAAGCCAAUUCAAAGUAGCAAUCAGAACCCCUUCCAAUAAAGUCGAGCAGAUUCGCCAAGAGAUUGAACAGGAUAUUGCACAAAAAUUUGAACAAGUCAGAAUCAAGCCACGCAAAGCUUAUUCGAAUACUUUCCAACAGCCCAUUCAAGUAAAGCUCACUACUGCAGCUAUUCUCCGCGAAGAUGCGUUGGUAAGAAAGCUAAAGCGUGAGGAAAUGGAUAGCAUGGUACGAGCCGAGACAAUGAUUUGCGAUCCGGCGCAAUUUGAUGCUUGGAGAGAAGAAUGCAAACUUAAAGAGCAAGAAAACAAGUUGCUUGAAUUGGAACGGAAACGAUUGGAUGUUCAAAUGACCCACGAAGAUGCCUACGUGGCCAAGCAAGAAAUCAUCAAAGAUAACAGAGUAAAGGUAAUAGAAGUUUUGGCACUGAAGAAUGAAAUUAAAGUCUUGUCACAAAGUCGACGAAAAGCCCAAGAGAAUGAAAACAAAAAAAAGAUUGAAGGAGUUCAUGAAAUCAAGCAAGGAAUUAUUAAAGCCAGGACCAAAGUCGUUGAAGAUAACACAAAAAUUGCCGCCAAAGUUGCUCAGGAAAGUGAGUUGCUUCUAGAACAAGCCCAUUGUAGAGCCGAGGAAGAGCGUAUACGCAAGAUCGAGCUCAUUCAACAAAUCCGACUAUUGGAAAAAAGUGUUCCGCCAGUAGGAACACUACAAAAGGAUGUUGAUUUAACAGAAACAUCUGGAAUUGGUCUUCUCGGUGAAAUGUCGAUUGUUGAACUUCAAGAGCGAUUGGUAUUAGCAAAGCUUAAAGAAAAGGACGAAGCAGAUGCCAUGAGAGCAUGCAUUGCUAAACAUAAAAUGGCACGCUUAGAGCAGGUUUCGCAGAAACUAGAAGCAAUUGAUAAUGAACGAGAGCAGCGACGAUCGCGCAGAAUCCAAAAAGCUCUUCCAAAUCGUGGCUUUUCUGCUGCAUCUAUAGUGACAGACGGCUCAAUGACCGAAUCCAUCAAAGAGUUGUUGCUAGAUAAAGAUUCUGCACUCCGCAGCCUUCAAGAAAAAAUUACAAAACGUAAAGCUGCCCGAAUAGCUGCUCGAAACAUUGCUGGUAUUAAUAGACCGACCAACAUGCCAUACAAAGCAUUGAAUCCGCAGUGGCCAAAGAGCACCACAUCGUCCAUGCUGACACGAUCCGCUGCAUCCUCGACCGGAAAAUGGGACGAUUUAGAUGAAGCCGAGCGACUUUACGUGAUGCAACGAGAAAUAGAGCGCCAGAAACAGCAUAAGCUACAAAGCAAUUAUGUUGACGAGGAGGGUGCUUCAAUGAUAGAAACCGUUCCAAUUGUGGAGCUCAAAGCUACACAGAUAUAA